AUGAAUAAACUUUCUACCACACUUAAAGGUUAUUAUAAACAUAAAUCAAAGAAAAGUUCAUCAAACGGUGAAAAAUUUAUAAACAAAUUCAAGUCAGGAAUAUGCUCGGUAUGCGGCGAGAAAUUCACGGAAAAGAAUUGGUGUUUAGAGUGUCAAAGAAGCAAAUUUAAAAAGAACUUCGAUAAUUGGUCAAGCAAGAACCAACAUAUUGAUAAUUUUAUACAAUCCAGUCAAUUGAAUUGUAUCAAUUCGGCAAAUUAUUUGGUUUGGAUUCCGUUCGAUGAUUUUAUAAAAACAAAGUAUUUGGCUAACGGUGGAUUUUCGGCUGUUUAUUAUGCUGUUUGGGAUGAUUAUGAAAAUGAUCGUGUCCGAGAUGUUGUAUUGAAACGUCCCCAUAACGAUCAAAUUUCUAAUCCUGAAUUUUUAAAAGAGCAGGUCUCGGUAUAUUUGUAUGCUUCAUCGAAAGAUAGUUCAAUAAUCAAAUGCCUGGGUUUUACUUUACAUCCAACAGAAGGCUAUAUGCUGGUAUUUGAGUAUGCAGAAGAAGGUGAUCUGAGAGGAUAUUUGAAUGCAAAUUAUUCCAAUUUGACGUGGAUUGACAAAAUCUCUAUCUUAAGAGAUGUAGCAAAAGCAAUGCUAUUGUUGCACAAUAAAGAUUAUAUACAUACACUAUCGACCAAACCGUCGCCAUGUAAAAAGAAAUUGGUUGAAACAAGAGCCUUGGAUUACAUAGACCUGAUGAAAAAAUGUUGGGAGUUGGAACCAACUAAUAGACCAUCAUUUCAGGUGAUCGUUACUAAAAUAGGCGAAUGGAUGUCUUCUCCUUCUAAGCAUUUCUCCACAAAAAAAUCUAAACCACUUGAAUCGACUGAUAAAGCUAUCAAAAAAGAAUCAAGAUCAAUCAUAAGACUUCCUUUUUCUCGUAAUCCAUCUCCCCUCGCCUCUAAUGAUAAUAAUAGCAAGAACAACGGUAAAACCAAAAGCAAGAAUACUAAUAGUAACGUUAGUUCUAUUCAAAGAUUUAAUAGUUUAUCAAGUAAAUCCUUAUCUAAAUACGUUCAACAAUUAGAAGAUGGUAAUAACAACAUUGAUGAUAUUAAUGUCAGGUAUAAUGAUUAUUAUGAUAAUAGUGAGAAUGACAUUAAAAUUAAUAAUUACAUUAGUAAAUAUUAUGGUAAUAAUAAUUUUAAUAACUAUUCUAAUGACAAUCAAUUUGCUCCUGCAUUUAAUGGAAAUUAUUUGUUUAAAUAA